AUGGCCGAGCGACCAGAGCAGUCGGAGGAGCACAGCAGCCCAUAUCCGCGGGCGAGGACGAAGUCGGCUCUGCGAACUCUACCGCGCCCUGCUGCUGCGGAGUGGACGGAACUUGGCGUGUCAAUCGAGGACUCGGCGGCGGUCUCACGCCCGCCGCCACUGGAGGAGCUGCGCCGUCGCGAUCCUGGCGGAACGCGUCAUGGACGGACGCUCCAGUCCAUGGAAACGACAAGGUCCUGGGCUGUCGCGUGGGGCGAGGGGGGUCGAUAUGCUGCAGGCAUUGCCCGGCGCUCUUUGGACGGACGAGAGGCAUCCCUGCGACUGUUUCGCUUCUGGCUGCUGUGCCCAAGCGGCGCGGGCUGCAUUUCGCUCGCUGCGCUGCGAUGCGAUGCGCUGCACGUCAGCGAGUCACGCAACAACGACAGGCAGGCAGGCAAACAGACAGACAAGCCAGAGGCUGAGAAGGGCAGCACUUCCAGGGUUCCAUUCCUCGUCCCGGGACUGUGGUCCAGAACUGGGGGACCAGGGCAGGGGGGAGGGAGAGGGGCGCGCCGCAAUGCGAGGAGGGGUCUGUCCGCCUGCCUGCCUGGCCGCCGCAGCGCACCGCAGCGUGCAGCAGGCCGCGCAAAGCAACAGGACACGAGUGUCCGCUCGAGACAGGGCAAGCCAGGGCAGCCCAGGGCGUGUGCUUUGGCUCCGACUGAGGCUGUCCCAAUUGCAGGACAGAAGGCAGAGUGUAGUGCAGUGCAAUACAUGCAUUUCUCCGCUGCGUUGCCUGACCUGUCGAAGUCGCCUUGCAGGCCGGCCAGUCUGACGGUCUGA